UAAGGAUGGAAGGAGUGUUUUUGAUGAAAUGAAAGAGAGGAAUGUUGUUACUUGGACUACAUUGAUAAGCGGCUGCUCUUGGAGUUUUGGCUGAAGAAGGAGUGGGUGGGAGGGGAGUUCAGGUACACACUGUUGUUGUAAAGAGCGGUUUAGAUAAAACGAUUCCGGUGUCUAAUUCCUUGAUUAAUCUGUAUCUCAAGUGUGGGAAUGUUAGGAAAGCUAGAAGUUUGUUUGAUAAAACAGAUGUAAAGAGUGUGGUGACUUGGAAUAGUAUGAUUUCAGGAUAUGCGGCAAACGGGCUUGAUUUAGAAGCGUUGGGAAUGUUUUACUCUAUGAGGCUUAAUCAUGUGCGGUUAUCUGAAUCGAGUUUUGCUUCCAUUAUUAAGCUGUGCGCUAACCUCAAAGAACUGAGAUUCACAGAGCAGCUCCAUUGCAGUGUUGUAAAGUACGGGUUUGUGUUUGAUCAAAAUAUAAGGACGGCUCUAAUGGUAGCGUAUAGUAAAUGUAUGGCGAUGUUUGAUGCUCUUAGGUUGUUUAAAGAGACAGGAUCCCUCGGGAAUGUUGUGUCAUGGACAGCAAUGAUUAGUGGUUUCUUGCAGAAUGAUGGGAAAGAGGAAGCAGUGAAUUUAUUUUCGGAAAUGAAGAGAAAAGGUGUUAAACCAAACGAAUUCACUUAUUCUGUCAUUCUCACAGCUCUUCCUGUAAUUUCUCCAUCAGAGGUCCACGCACAGGUUGUAAAGACUAACUUCGAGAGAUCUUCAACCGUUGGAACCGCUCUUCUAGAUGCUUAUGUGAAGUUAGGUCAAGUAGAUGCGGCUGCAGUAGUUUUUAGUGGUAUUAAUGAUAAAGACAUUGUCGCUUGGUCAGCGAUGCUUGCAGGAUAUGCUCAGAUCGGAGAGACGGAAGCAGCGAUUAAGGUGUUUAGUGAGCUCACUAAGGGAAGGGUAAAACCGAAUGAGUUUACAUUCUCUAGCAUCCUUAACGUGUGUGCGGCUACUACCGCGUCUAUGGGACAGGGAAAGCAGUUCCACGGGUUCGCUAUAAAAUCAAGACUUGAUAGCUCUCUGUGUGUAAGUAGUGCUCUUUUAACCAUGUAUGCAAAGAAAGGCAACAUAGAGAGUGCGGAAGAAGUCUUUAAGAGGCAGAAAGAGAGAGAUCUAGUAUCAUGGAAUUCGAUGAUCUCUGGGUAUGCACAACACGGGCAAGCUAUGAAGGCUCUCGAUGUUUUCAAGGAAAUGAAGAAGAGAAAGGUGAAAAUGGAUAGUGUAACAUUCAUUGGAGUAUUUGCUGCUUGUACACAUGCAGGGUUAGUAGAAGAAGGCGAAAAGUAUUUCGAUAUAAUGGUGAGAGACUGCAAGAUUGCACCUACAAAGGAGCAUAAUAGUUGUAUGGUGGAUUUAUACAGCCGAGCCGGACAACUUGAAAAGGCUAUGAAAGUCAUAGACAACAUGCCAAACCCGGCUGGUUCCACCAUUUGGAGAACAAUUCUAGCUGCAUGCCGUGUGCACAAGAAAACAGAACUUGGGAGAUUAGCUGCAGAGAAGAUCAUUGCGAUGAAACCAGAGGAUUCAGCUGCGUAUGUGUUGUUGUCUAAUAUGUAUGCAGAGUCAGGAGAUUGGCAAGAGAGGGCCAAAGUAAGGAAGCUGAUGAAUGAGAGAAACGUGAAGAAAGAACCUGGUUACAGUUGGAUUGAGGUCAAGAACAAGACUUACGCAUUCUUGGCGGGUGAUCGGUCUCAUCCUCUUAAAGAUUUGAUCUAUAUGAAGCUAGAAGAUUUAAGUACACGGCUGAAGGAUUUAGGGUAUGAACCAGAUACAAGUUAUGUGCUUCAAGACAUUGAUGAUGAGCAUAAAGAAGCUGUUCUUGCUCAGCAUAGUGAGAGAUUAGCUAUUGCUUUCGGGUUGAUCGCUACUCCAAAAGGAAGCCCUCUUUUGAUCAUUAAGAACCUUAGGGUUUGUGGAGAUUGUCAUGUAGUUAUCAAAUUAAUUGCAAAGAUUGAAGAAAGAGAGAUCGUAGUUAGAGAUUCAAAUCGGUUUCAUCACUUUAGCAGUGAUGGAGUUUGUUCAUGUGGGGACUUUUGGUGAGAUAAUAAAAAGAAAAUAUUGUUCAGAACAUUUUUUACACGUUUCGAGAAAUAAGCAAAUUCAAUGUUUUGGGAUGAAAUAAAAGAUGGGUUUGAGAUUUGUUUUGCUUCUCAGUACAUACAUAAGCAGAA